UCAAAAUCAAGCAAAAUAGGACAAGAAAACGCUUUUUUCAAUAGAGAGCAAGAAUUUAGCUCGUCAGCAGAGUUGUUUAAAUUUAUAAUAUUAUUGAAAAUAUUGUGAUAUAUAAUUUAUUUUGUUAUUAUUAUUAUUAGUGCGAGAUAGUUGGUAAACUGCUAUUUAUAUGAUAACCAACAACAACAACAAUAUAAGACUGUAGAAUUUUUAUUAACCGCAAAGAUGCAGUUAAAUCUUAACUAUUUUGUGAGAGUGUUUAUGCUCAAACUGUGGUUUUUAAUUUUCAAUUAUCCACUUUCUCUACUUACGGCCAUCCUUUCCAUGAUGAUAAUUUAUAGAGCUUCACAGAAGAAGAAUUCGCCUCUUCCUCUCGAUAAAAGAUUACCUAUUGAAGAUAGUAGUAGUGGUACAACACUUGGAUCAUCAGGAAUAGGUUCUCUUAUAUCUAAUUCUGUUAAUUCUGUUGCUGAUGUAACAACAGUGACUUCUUCAUCUAAUAACAACAACAACAACAACUGGUCGGCCACAGUUGCUUCAAUUUAUAGUUCUUCAUCUGAUGAUGAAACGGAAAAACCAACAUCAAGAUUUACUAGUUUUAUUAAUUAUUUCUGGGGAGGAGGAAAAACUCAUCACAACGUUGAUGACAAUAUCAGCACAACAAGUACAUCAUCAGAAAAUUCAACAAUCUCCCCAGCUGAUGGUAAUCAUAUGUAUUCCAUGUUUGAUAAUGUUGAUUCUAAUGAUCCAAACCAAAGUAAUCUUUUACGAUGUCCUCCUAAAUUAUUAGAAGAUCCAAUGAAGUUGUUGGGAAGAACUGUCUUGAUGGUAGGAGGUUGUUGUGAAGGUGUAGGAUAUGAAAUUGCUUAUGCACUUGCACAGUUAGGUGCUAGAAAGGUUGUUUUAGCUUGUGCAAAUGAACAUGAAGCCCAAGAAGCAAUCGAGAAAAUGACAGAUAUUAGUCGAGGAGUUGUUGAAUUUAUGCAUCUAGAUUUAUCUUCCAUUCAAAGUAUACGUCAAUUUGUUAAUUUCUAUCAAAAUGUUAUGAAUUAUGAGUGCCACGUCCUAGUUAGUACUGUUCUUUGCACAAGACAGAGUAACAUGGGAAAGAACACUUCUAAUAAUAACAGUAGUAGACAAUUACAAAACCAAUUUAUUGGUCCUAGAUUUACCAAAGAUGGUUAUGAAAAAAACUUCCAACUCAAUUAUUUGGGAAGAAUUAUUCUUAUUGAUAUGAUGUCGGAUAUGUUAAAGAGAAAUCAUACAAGGGUUGUUAAUGUUGUGGAAAUAUUAAGUGAAUCCCUUAAACAACAAAAACCUAUGAAAAUGAUACCUAACUCUGAUUUGAAUGCUAGUACAUUCAAGAAAGCAUAUACUGAACAAGACUAUUUUAAUUACUCUAUGAGAUGUAAUUUAUUAUGGAUUAAAAUGUUUGCAAAGAAAUAUCAACAAGAUGGUGUGACAAUUUGUUGUUGCGACCCUGAACUUCCUGGAACCUACAAACCUCCAAUUCCUGAUAUUAUUAAUCAACCUACCUCUACUUCCUCACUUCUUUCAGAUCCAUAUUUUAUGGAUCCAAACUCACAUGAUGUAUUGUCAAUCACUAAUGAAUACGCUGAAGAAAUUACCAAUUUUGAUAAGAUACAAAGUUUACUUUAUGGGUCACUAUGUGAUAAGCAAUAUUUUGAAAAUGGUGCCUACAUAACGAAUUAUAGAACUAAAAAACUUCCUUCCUCCUAUUCGAAUAAGAAAGAUAUGGAGCUGAAUUGGGAACAAACAGCUUCACUCGUAACAGAGAUACAGAGUUCUGUCAUUUCUCAACACUCCUCUCCUUCAAUCAGUGUUAAUUCUUCUCCUACCCUUCCCAUCCCUUCCUCCUCUCAGAACGAACCAUAAAACCCAAUUUUCA